AUGUGGCACGAGACCCCGAUUGAAAUGACGCAACUCCUGAAGUCGAUAUUCAGAUUGGACAAAGCGCAGGCCGAAAGGGAGCAGUUCGCAUAUUUGCAUCCCAAAAAAUCUGUUGAAGACAGAUUCAACUUUCAAGCCCACAUAUUCUUUGAUGACGCUCUGGAACUGAACGAGGAUGAGAAAUGGCAAGUGAACCAGUUCGUGAGGACUUUGGUGAACGCCAUGGACGAUGCAUGCUGCGCUGUUCAUCAGAAGUACAUGAAGGUCCACGACCCCUACAAGGUAGUCACACCGUACGGGGCUCAGCUUCUCUGGGAGAUGCCCGGAGGGAACCUGCUGUAUGUGCAUGUUAAGGAUAAGAAUAAGAUCCGACACAGGAAGAGAUGGUCACAGGUGAUGUACAUGUAUUACUUACUGGGCUAUCAGCUACUGAAGGAGUCUGAAGGCGACAUCCUCAAGAAGGCACGGGAAAGAGAUGUAAUGAACAAAGACGGUGUGGCAGAGCUCUUCAGCAUCGAUGUCCAGAAGAAGACCAAGAACACCUUCGUCCUGGCUCUUGACGGAGACACUGACUUCAGUCCGAGCUCGGUGAGGAUUCUGCUGGACAAGAUGAACAACGACAAGGUGGCAGCAGUUGAAAUACGUGGCCGAAUCCACCCGAUAGGUUCAGGUCCACUUGUCUGGUAUCAGAUGUUUGAAUACGCUGUUGGUCACUGGCUACAGAAAUCUGCCGAGCAUGUCCUAGGAUGCGUCCUUUGCAGUCCUGGGUGCUUCUCCCUAUUCAGAGCCUCUGCCCUGAUGGACAACAAUAUCAUGAGGAAGUACACAACGAUGCCGACUGAACCGGGGCAUUUCCUGCAGUACGAUCAAGGUGAAGACCGAUGGUUGUGCACGUUGCUGCUCCAGCAAGGGUACCGAGUUGACUAUGCUGCUGCCGCUGACGCCUACACGUACGCCCCAGAAGGAUUUAAUGAGUUCUUCAACCAGAGAAGACGCUGGACUCCCUCCACACUGGCCAACAUCAUGGACCUGCUGGCAUCGUCUAAAGUCACUGUCGCCCGCAACCCCAACAUCAGCUUCUUAUACAUUAUAUACCAGAUUGCAAUGAUGGCGGGAACCGUCUUAGGACCUGGCACUGUCAUCAUGAUGAUUGCCGGAUCAAUCCAAUCCGUGUUCACUUUAGACCUGUUCAUUUGCUACGGAAUAUCAAUUUUGAUUCCAAGCGUGUAUAUCAUCAUCUGUUUCACAACUCCAGCGAAGAUACAGCUAAUAGUAGCGGCUGUACUGAGUGCCGCAUACUCCUUCAUCAUGAUGGCUGUCAUUGCUGGAACUGUGAUUACAGCCUACACAGUGAGCCCUCUGCAUCCAAGCGUUAUCUUCUCAGUGUUGCUUUUCGCCAUGUUUGCUUUAGGAGGAGUGCUGCAUUGGAAGGAGCUGAACUGCCUCCCCCAUUGUUUUAUGUACUUUCUCUGCAUACCGACUGGAUAUCUACUGCUUUUCAUCUAUUCAAUGUGCAAUCUCUUCAAUGUCUCCUGGGGAACUCGCGAAGUACCGAAGAGAAAGACCAAGAAAGAAAUGGCAGCCGAGGCAAAAGCCUUGAAAGCAAAAGAGGAAGAGGCUAAGAAGAAGGAUGGCUAUUUUGCCCGACUCUUCUUCAGUUCCACUUACAUCAAAGAAUUAAAACAUCUUCUUGACGGAAUAAAGCCAAAGUUGACCAGUUCGAACGAUGCAAUAGUAGAACAGUUGAAAGUUAUAAAUGAAACUAUUGUUAGGCUCGCUGAGCAAUCUGGUCGCAGCAACACUGAUAUGACGAAACCCGAAGCUGCCAGCACGGAAGGCACGUCCACUAGAGAGACAUUAGACCCACUGUCAUCAGAUUCUGAAGAGGAAGAUGAAGAAGAGGACGACGAUGAACCAGAAGCUAUUGAUCCCUAUUCUGGAAAACACUGGGUAGAAGACCAAGAACUGGGAAAAGGUCCUGUCAUGCAGCUGUGCAAAGCUGAAGACGAAUUCUGGGAAAAGUUCAUUGCAAAAUAUCUGAAACCAAUUGAUAAGGAUGAACAAAAGGAAAAACAAAUAAAAGAGGGCUUAAUUGAUUUACGAAACAGCAUUUGUUUUGCAAUGAUAAUGGUAAAUAGCUUAUGGAUUGCAAUCAACUUCAUGUUCCAGUGGAAAGAAGUCCUACGAGUUACUGUUCCCUAUAAGGACGAAAAGGGCAAUGAUCAAGUACUUACAUUUGGUGUCCUUGGCCUCUUGUUCAUAGCAUUCUUCACUAUCCUGAUACUUAUCCAAUUUUUGGGGAUGUUGCUGCACCGCUUGGAAACUUUCUUCCAUCUCAUAUCGAUGACAAAUCUUAGAACGGAUAAAUCGGAUUCCACAAAGUUCAGUGCAGACACAGAACAGAUCAUGGAGACACUGAGAAAUGAAUUGGAACCAGUUCCUGAUUAUGACGCUGACGAAGAGGAGGAUGAGCGACAGGAGAGAAUUCGUUCCGUUGUACAACGAGGAGAAACAAUGAGGGACCUUGCGAGGUCGAGAAGAGAAGGCCUUGCCAAAUCUACAAAGAAGCCACUUUCCACAACACGAAACCUCAACAGAGAUCGUGAAUUGAAUGCACCCCGUCCUCCACGACGGUACCAGCAGUUUGAAGGAGGGCUCAGGAACCGAUUCUACACACCAGCAAUAAAAAGCGUGUUGUCACAGAUAGAAGUUCCACGUGAAGGGGGGAUACGAUGGGACAGUGGGGAUGAUCCCAUCUAUUCUGAAAUACGUGACGUCAUGCCAGGAGUCAUGGGAAGGGAGUUUGCAAGAAGUGUCAAACGGUUAAAAGGACGGGAAAGAGAUGUGAGACUUGGCAAUGGAAUGAGGAUGAAUGAUGCAGCAUUUAUACCAAUGCCAGACCCGAAUGAAGUGCAAACAACACAGUUCUGAAAUGGCGUCGUAUGCAAAUAUGCACUUUAAUAGACACAAUGGGCACAUGAGUAUUGCAUUGUGCCGCUCUUAGCUACAUGCCAGCAAUAUCGCGUAAAGGGACACCAGAAAUGGACUUCACCUUGUACCCUUCGGCUUGAUGAGUGAACGCUUAAACUUCUAGGACACACACACACACACACACACACA